AUGCGGCAUCUCUUCAUUGCCCCUGCUCUACUGCUGCUGCCAAGGCACUCGGCCAGCAAGGCUGCAGCACUGCAUGAAGGGCGCUGGGGCGAAGGUGCGAGCUGCUUCGACGCACACUGGCCACAGCUUCAGCUCGACAUAUCUCCAGAUGCAGAGCUUUCGCUUUGGAGAAGGGAAGACUUCGAGCAGGCCACUGCUCCACCCGGACAGCCGGAGACGUAUUCAGCAUGCUUCUUGCGGCGGCACCAGGUCCUCAUCGUGCAGCUCGACAUUUUGGAAUACACGGGCAAUCGGGCGAGUUACCUCCUGGAGAGGGAGAUCCACGUUUUGACCAAGUUCCUGGACCACCUGGAACGAAAUGUCGGGGAGGAACGCUGGGAAGCACUGACCGCAGGCGUUGCGGUAUGCAUACCUCGGCAUUGUGCGCAAGAAGAGGAUGCGGGUGUUCUGCGCAAGAGUAGCGUGGAGUACAUAGCCUAUGCAACCGGCUUUGGCGAUUCGUCAGUCUGGCUGCCAACGCCGCGCGAGCUGGACAUGAACAUUGUUGCCCAGUACUCAGCCUUCGCAAUGCCAGCCAAGUCAGCAUCACCGAAUGAAGUUCCAGGACCGGAGUUCGAAGGCGGUUGCAUCAUCGGACGGGUGCCAGUGACGGCUCGGCUCUGUUGGAGUGGAGCAGCGGCGAAUGAAGUACUCCUCGACCGCUUGCUUGUCGAUGGCUUUCCGGAAGCCGAGGGACAAUCUGCUGGCAGAAUCAGCGAGGUCAGCGAUGAGGCAUUCGACUUCUUGGGCAGCUUGCCGAGGAAGCGGAGACCACCCUGGCUUCUAUGUGAUGAUCCAAGCUUUCAUGAGGCUUGGCGAGAUUGGGGGCGCGUGCUACGGGAAUCACAGGUUGUCCAUUCCGGAAGGACACCGCGCACUUUGCUGGCUCACGCCGCGAAAAUCAUCGAGCUUUUUGCAACCGAAGCAUGGCAUUGGAUGGCCACGGUCUACUUGCAUUCCUUUGACCUGUGUGACUCUGACCACAUACCAGCAGACUGGAGGUGGAAUGGAGACGACUUCUGUGCAUACCACUACAUUAGAGACGGACAUUCGGACAGCUGGGGCGGCCGCCGCUGCUGGAAACGUUGGGCUCAGUUCUGUCCAUUCGGCUUUGUGGCCGCGCUGGCCGUCCGCUCGCGGGGGCUUCGGGAGAUUGGCGAGGAAGCUCGUGCUCUGGAGGACUUGCGCAUGGGUGGGGCGAUGCUUGGCAGCUGUGCGGAGUUCGACCUUGUAGGUGAGCUGUGGGGUGGUGCCAGAGAUCUUCAGUGGCACAUAGUUGCCGUCCAACGUCCGGAAACUUUGGCAGCACUGGAGGAAGUCACCGGCAGCCAAGGUGACCCGCUGAUUGACACCACUGAUGCUCAAAGGUUCGUCAUGUGGCACGCGCUGCAGUUGAACAGCCUUGUGCGCUUGCACUUGCGCGACGUGGCACGCGGGACAGAUCUGUCCAAGACACCGGCGCUGGCAAUGCUGGCCUAUCCGUCCUACUUAUCCUUGCUCAUCAUCCCGGCCCUGCUACAGGUGUGGCCAGACCUCGAGCUCUCCCUCUUUCGCUUGGGUCGGUGGAUGACGCAUGAAAAGUGUCCUGCCUGCGCCCAGCUCUACGAGGAGCGCUUCCUCCAUGAUGAGCCUGCACUUCAGGAGUUGCCCUUGGACUUCACAAGCCAGCCUGCCGGCAAUGUCGUUUGGUCGGCUGAUCCUGCUGAUCAUGGCGACUUCCUUGUCCGAUUGAGCACGCUCCUCUCGCAUCCAAGGAUGCAUGCUGGUGAGGUUUUGGUCUGCGCCGCUCCUCUUUGGCUUUGCGCCAGCCUGCUUCUGGUAAAUGCUCAGCGAAAGCCGCUUCUGUCCUUGUGCCUGAUGCGUCAUGACUUGGGUGGGCCGCCCGGCUUCACGGCCAGUCAGGCGAGGGAAGUUCUCCGACAGGACGUCGUGGAGCCUCUGGCCGCGGCCGUCACCGGUGGACGUCAACUCCGCAACCUCUGGGUGAGGGAAGACAUGGCCCGAUCUUAUGGGAACUUCGAGCUGGAGGAGUAUGACAACUUCCAUCCUUUCGUUUGGCUUCCGUCGCUCUACAUUGAAGACCGAUACUCUGGGUGCUACGACACGGCCGAUGUCGUCGUCAUGCGGGAGGGAUCGCUAGGUCGCUUUGCCCCAACCAUCCAUGGCCAUCUGUUCUUCAGCUUGCUGAUGCAGAUCGUUCCCUCCGUUGGCUGGAAACCUGCUUCACCCUGGAGAUUUCGGCUUCUGCCAUACACAACCGAGCGUCUCUCUUAUUCUGAGAUAGCUUCGCACCGAGCCGCUGUGUUCAUUCCGCGGGUGUGGUAUGGCAAGUUGACCUUUAAGGAUCUGGUUACCAUGGAAAUUCCCUUGUUCAUGCCAGAUCUUGAGCUCCAGGCAUCAAUCUCAACUUUGCACAGCGAAUGGGGCUGUGGUCGGUGGGCCCAACAUGAGACGUGGGCACAGAUGCUGUGCAAGGCGGUGCGUGUGACGCAUCGCUUGCCUCAAUCGUCAUUUUUCCGACAUCCGUAUGUGAAGCGCUUUGGCAGCGCAGUUGAUUUGGUUCGCCAGCUGGUGAUGAUGGACUGCGCUGCGCUGCUUCAAGUCAACCAAGAUGUUCGGCGAUGGAACUCGAUGUUGCUGCAGGAUGACUUGGCAUUCUGGCGAACAGCCAUCCAGGCACUAGCUUCUGGUUCUGGCGAGACUGCAAGUUCGGCGGUCGCUGAGGAGAUGGAUGCCUUUGCCAAACACAAGCAUCAUUUCGCUCUGCCCACUCUGCCCGCCCCCGUCGCCCUCUGCGAGCUACCGGCUGCAGCUCACUGCACAGUUCUGGAGGACCCUGCGAUGGACUCUUGCUGUGUGGAAGCUGCCAUCGUCGCAUCGCGUGCGGAAAGGAGAAGAUCGGUGCCGCAAGGUGCAGGUUCGACGAACGCCUCAGGGGAUGCCACGUGCUUGGCUCAGAUGGACUUGUGCCCAGAAGGCCAGCUGCUUUAUGGCGUUCAUCUGCUUCAAGACACACCAGUACAGUGGAAUGCAGUACGCCCAUCUCCAGAGCAUGUGUGA